UUAAAUCAAACUACUAGAAAUAAAACAAAAAUUAGAAAGAUAAUAAGCAUUUUAUUUUAAACGUAAAAACGAUUAGUAAAUGAUUAAUAAAAAUAUUCAACGUCAUCAAUGACGGCAACGCCUAGAUUCCCCGAAUGCUUUCCCUCUAUGUUUUCUGUAACACAGACCUGGACCCUACCAGGAGUUGUCGUCAUAGUUUUCCUGGUAGCGUCAAGGCACCUGAACGAGAUCAAGCUGGUAUUUACAUUGGGGAAAAAGCCAGAAAUGCUGUACGUCAGGUACCACCGCGACGGAAGGUAGUACAAAAUACCGUACUCUACUUUCAUGACGGCUGAGACCAGGUUGCCCUUAUCUUCUGAUUGACUCUCCCUCUUAUCGGGAAACAUCUCGCCGUCAUUGAAAAAAUAGAAUCGUACAGGCCUUCACCAUGAAGUAGGCCUUGAUACGGUGUGGCUAGCCAAGUGAACUCUGCGUUGAUGUUGUGCCUAUGUAUGUGUGUGUGUGUAAGUGAGAUUGAUCGUCUGUGGUCGAGACGAACAUUUUCACCUUCUGUUGGCUUAUUAAAUUAAAGGGUUUGGAACAGCUCAUUUGGUGUAGCAAUGAUUCAUUCGUAUCGAGCCAUGCUCUCGCGUAUACAUGCCAGUGCUUUGAAUAGGCACACAUCGGGAAAGGCCGUGAAGCAUUUGAUUCAAUGCUGGACAAAGAAGUUUGAAGAAAACCAAGUUCCAGAAGCUGAGAUCUCAAUUAAACACAUCAUAUCCAGUAUCCUUGGACUACAAAAUGUAACCCGUCUUGAUACGGUGAGAAACCAGAUCUUAACUGAUGAUGAAUACCAUAGGCUACUAGUGAAAACUGAUUUAAGGCUUAAAAGAAUGCCAGUACAGUAUGUCAUUGGUGAAUGGGAUUUUUGUGGACUAACUAUGAAAAUGUCCCAGUCACCAUCUGUCUUUAUUCCAAGGCCUGAAACAGAAGAUCUGGUUUCAAUUGCAUCUGAAUUGGUUCAUCAGCUUACAGCUGAAGAGGGAAAUCUUUUUAAACCUUAUUGUUUCGAAAUAGGCUGUGGUUCUGGUGCCAUCAGUCUUGCAUUGCUCAGUAAGCAUGACAAGUUGCGCUGUAUGGCUAUAGACGCAAACCCCGCAGCCGUCUCCCUCUCUCGAUUGAAUUCCGAGCUGUUGGGACUGGCAGAUCGCGCCUCGUUUUCUAUUGCAAAAUUAGAAGAUGAUGGUGCAAUACAUGGAUUCAGCACUCCCGAUUCCAUAAAAUAUGAUAUUCUUGUUUCAAAUCCACCUUACAUCCCCACGGGCGAAAUCUCCGGUCUGGAACCUGAAAUUUUUCGAUACGAAGACCACCUAGCCUUGGAUGGCGGGCCUGAUGGAACCCGACUAAUCGAAACGAUUAUUCGGAACUCGCCGAAAUGGCUUAGAGGGGGCGCGUUUAUUGUUCUCGAAAUUGAUCCAAGACAAACGAAAAUUAUUCAGUUAAUUUCUCAAGACUGUGGCAGCUAUGCUGGUAUCAGUGUGCGUAAGGAUUGCUUCGGUGUUGAUAGAUUCGUGGUUUUACGAUGUAAAUGAAAAAUGUCAUUGAAGGAGAAAUAUGUUUUGGAUUAGGUAUUACAUACGAAGUAAAUAAGUGAAAGUGGAAAACAAGGCGCGUGAAAUGAAUCCAAAUUCUAUAAGCUGUUUCCGUUCAGAUGCCUGCCAAAAGUCACGAACAGAAAUGUCUUAGGUGAUGAGUACAAACAUGUUUUAGCAUUCUCUUGUCUGCCAAGAGAACCAAAAACCGGACAAGCAAUGAUAUUGAAACUUGUAGCCGUAGUAUUUUUAAUUGAACUUACAAAAAUGAAUGAAUGGGUGGUUACAUCAAUGAAAAUUAGAAACCGAUGACAACCGAAACGACUGCAUCAGUGGGGUUCAGACGUUGGCAAUACAAUAAAAGUCGGUAUGACCUUGUUCUAAAGUUAUUUGGUCGAUCGAUAUCUUUUCUGCUUUCUAAAAUACUCUUGUGAGGAAACAACCGCCCGCCCUACAUUUACAGAAAAUUAGUUAUGAAAACAGGUUACCCACGAAAUAUUUCAGUGCGAAGUAACCCUCAAGCUUUAUUAGUAGGUAUAAUGUGAUUAAUUUCCAUAAAAUAAUAAUAAUAAU